AUGAACAAGUUUGCGCUUGUAUGUUGUAUGGCGUCGUUGGCGCUGACGUUGUUUCUGGCAGCGCUAGACAUCGUGAUCGUAAUCACGUUGUAUGACACGAUCGGCCAGAAAUUCAACGACUACUCCAGUAUCGGGUGGCUCGUGACCGGGUACUCGCUGCCUAACGCGCUGUUCACGCUGCUGUGGGGCCGGUUUGCGUCUCUCUCGGGGCUCAAAACGAGUCUUGUAAUGUCGAUUUUGAUUUUCGAGCUGGGGUCCCUCAUCGUCGCGGUGUCGACCUCCAUGGGCAUGCUGAUCGGCGGCCGUGUCGUGGCCGGUUGCGGCGGCAGCGGUAUCCAGUCGCUCGUUUUUGCGGUGGGCACUUCGCUUGUACAGGAGAAAAAUCGCGGGUUGGUGAUCACCGCGCUGGGACUCGCGUUCGCCAUAGCGUUUGCAGUCGCGCCCAUUAUCGGCGGCGCGUUCACGGAAAACGUCACGUGGCGUUGGUGUUUCUACAUCAAUUUGCCCGUGGGUGGCCUGGCGCUUUUUUUGCUGCUGUGCACCUACAAUCCAACCGGGAAACCCUGGACCCACACCGUGCGCGACAAUGGCCGCGCUGUGAUCCGUGCUCCUUACGGAAACCUGUUCCGGGCCAAGUUUUGGCACGAGUUCUCGCAUUUGCUGUUUUUCAAACUCGAUUUCAUCGGAUUCGCACUCUCUUCCGCCGGGUUCGUGCUUUUUUUGCUCGGUUUCACUUUCGGGGGCACUCAAAACGCAUGGGACUCGGGUACCAUCAUCGCUUACAUCACCGUGGGUGGCAUACUCAUUCUCCUGUUUGUCUUAUUCGAUUUCGUUCUGCUUCCUUGGUAUGGCCGGCGUAACGAACAUUUGCCAGUGAGCCCACUUUUGUCCUGGUCCAUGUGCAAGAUACCGGGCAUUUUCACCAGCUCUUUUGCGAAUUUCUUCUGCUGUUUCGCCUUCAACAUGCAGAUAGUCUACAUCGUCCAGUUCUACCAAAUCGUUCACAAUAAGGGCCCCACCGCGGCCAGUAUGCACAUGUGGGCAUUUUUGGUGCCCGUAAUGCUAUCCAUUAUCAUCAUGGGGAAAGUCAACCAGAAACUGGGGCUCAUCAAACCGGGGAUCGUUGUAGGUGUCGUAUGCGGCGUUGCUGGCUCCGGCGUUCUUACCUUGAUCUCGAACGACUCCACCACGGGCCAAGUCAUUGGCUACAGUAUUAUGCCUGGUAUCGCUUUCGGUAGUAUCAUGCAGGGCUCUUUGCUCAGUGCCCAAGUACAGGUCGAGAAGUCCGACCCACUUUUCCACCCCAAAUUCAUCGAAGCCACUGCGAUCAACACGUUUGCCAAAUCCCUAGGUAUGUCCUUUGGCGGUAUUUUCGCAACUAUGGUCUUCACCAAUUCCGUGCAUGACAAAUUCGUCCAACAUAACCUCGAUUUGUCCGCUUACGGAUCCGUCGAGGGCCUCAUCGUCGCCUCCGAGCACCACUACCAAGGUCCCGACAGUCUCGUGGCCAAGAUUAUCACGGAUGCAAUCAGAAAUGUGUACUACGUGUCCCUGGGUUGCUCGGCGAUCUCGUUCAUGUUCGGAAUUUUCUCCUCCAAUAAGCGCCUAUUCUACAAGCAACCCCAAGACUUGGAGAAGACCGAGACCCAGGACACAAUCGGGAAGAGAGAAUCGGAUUCCGCGCCCUCUUCUGGCCAAGAGGAUAGCCAAUUGGACGGCCAAGAGGAGUGCGUAGCUGAACCCAAGUUGGACAUCUCGUCAACCCGAUAG